UCUCUCGACUACCACACAAAAGUUGAGUCACAUCUUUUCACAUCGGCCGUUAUAAUACAGUAAGCCAUACUGUACGUUUUACAUUACAUCACUAUACAGUUGCCUUUGAAUUUGAGAAACACGUGGUAGUCAAGCAUCGCGGGAGAAAGCUAAAAUGGAGACUGCAAACUUGAAAUCUUUGAUGCACGACCCCGACUACUAUACGAAGUCUUUUCACGCAUACGCCAAGAGUUCAAAGAAGUUCGCUGUGUUGGAGAAAUGGGGGGAAAACGUCUUCCCAAAGUUGAUCGGUGAUAGGCUGGUAGACACCCUUCCUGCAGAUACCAAUAUUAAUAUGUUGGGGAUAGGCAGCGGUUCGGGUGAGAUGGAUAGUGCGAUGGCAGCAAGCCUGAAGGCUCGAUUCAAAUCCGUCCGAAACGUCGUAAUCGAACCCGCCGCCAAGCAGCUUGAGAAGUACCGCUCUCUCGUAAAGAGUAACAAGUCCGACUUCGAGGGCAUUGAGUUCGACCUGCGUCAACUCGGCAUCGACGAGUAUCGUUCCCAGGAGGGCGACAAGCCGAGGAAAUACCACUUCAUCAGCGCUAUCCAUUCCAUUUACUAUGCUGAGGAUCACAAGGACACCAUACGCUACCUCUACGAUUGUUUAGAGGAAGGCGGAAUUCUUCUUAUCAUUGUCGUUUCAGUUGCCGGUGGUUUCUGGCGCCUGUGGGAUCGCUUCACCCGAUUCCAGGAUAGCGUCAGCCGCUAUCUCUGCACCACACACCUCCGCGAUAGCCUCUCGUCUCUCGACAUCCCUUUCGACGAAUCCCGCCAGGCGUCAUGCGUCGACAUCACCAGCUGUUUCGAAGAGGGGUCCGAAGACGGGGAACUCAUCAUCGACUUCCUAAGCCACACUGUCGAUCUCCGUGGGUCCGCGUCGCCGGAGCUCUAUCAGGAGGUGGUUGAUUACAUGGGGUCCGACCAAUGCUCCGAGCGGAAAGAGGAUGGGACGAUUCUCUUCAACAACGACUGGGACGCUGUCAUAGUGCAAAAACCGCUCUCGAAAUCGUAAUUACAUUCCCAGUCAACUCAUGACGUCUUUAGGACGUUCGAGAAUCAUUAAUUCCCGUUGCACAAGAGGUGUCAUUAGGGACUUUUUUCGCACGAAGACAAUAGGUCUAUGCUACGAUCGACGUCCUUUUAAUGCAUUGCCUUGAAUGGACGUCACACGUAUUAG